UGGUCAAUAUUGCUCUGCAUUAUUUUUUUUUUUCAAGUACAAAAAGUAAAGUGAUUGUGAUUACUGUGCACCGAAAGGUUCAACCAGAUAAAUUUCAAAUCAUUGGAGCUUCUACGAGAAUGCAGCCGUUGGAUCGUUCCAGCAGUACAAUGGCAGCCACUGACACACCAACAAGCUUACCACCCGCUGGUACUGACGAUUCCUCCAGCAGAUCAAGGAGCUCGCCGUCAUGCAGAAACCUUUCAACGCUGACCUUCUCCAUUGCAAAGAUCAUGGAGCCCGACAAGAGGCUUUCGGAUUCGUGUUCCUCAACCGCGGCAACGAUCCUUCGUCAGCCAGCGCCCAGCAUUUCAUCGCUUAGCUAUUCAGCGCAUCUGGAAUCGGCUUUCAAGAAAUACGUACCAACUUUACGACAGCAGACUCUGCUCCAACAUUACCCAUUGCUCUAUUAUCAUCCAAAUCCGCUGCUAAGGGCAUUUCCAGGUGGACCAGUUUCCAGCAAUAGCACAACCAGUAUCAGUAGCCACUCAGUUUCGCCGCCUAUCUCACCGUCGCAUCCAACACGUUUGGACUCCAGCAGUGUCUCAAGUGGGAAAAAGUCUCCCAUAAAUCCUGGUGCAGUAGUGCCUAUUCCAAGCAAGCAGAAAACAUUCGCUUGUCCAGAAUGUGGCAAAGUAUUCAAUGCCCACUACAACUUAACGCGACACAUGCCGGUGCACACUGGAGCAAGACCGUUUGUCUGUAAAAUAUGUGGCAAAGGAUUUCGUCAAGCGAGCACCCUAUGUCGUCACAAAAUAAUUCAUACUGCUGAAAAACCACACAAGUGUCAGACAUGCGGCAAAGCCUUCAAUCGUAGUUCAACAUUGAACACUCAUACACGCAUUCAUGCGAACUACAAACCAUUUGUGUGUGAAUUCUGUGGCAAGGGGUUUCAUCAGAAGGGCAAUUACAAAAAUCACAAAUUGACACACAGUGGUGAGAAGGCCUACAAAUGUAACAUAUGCAAUAAAGCUUUUCAUCAGAUUUACAACCUAACUUUUCACAUGCACACGCACAAUGACAAAAAACCAUUCUCAUGCAAAAUAUGUGGCAAAGGUUUUUGCAGGAAUUUCGAUCUCAAGAAACACAUGAGGAAGCUGCACGACGCAGUGUCACCAGUAAUGAGCGCCAGCAAUUUAGGAAGUUCUGCAGGACAAACCCACGUCGAACAGUCGGGAUUUUCAGCGGUGCAUCAUGGCUCGACGGGCCACGCUUUCGUAAGCCCGUUUCUGCUGCCCUCGCCGGGUUCUCACCAGGCCAGUUACUUCAGCAAAAUGUUGUGA